CUGUGCUACCUCGAAUAAAAUAGCGAGUCGCGACUCAUCGAGCUGCCUCGAGCGUAGAAAUUACGUAAUCAUCAGUAUAAUCUGUAAUUAGUAUCAUCAAAAGUUUUGCAUGUAGAUCUACAUGACAUUGUCCUCUGAUCUGUAGAGAGACUGUGUCACAGAGAAGAAUGACGGCCCGUUAUUUUUGGGGAUGAUCAUACUCUUACUUCAAAACAAUGUUGAUACUAAUCUGGUGCUGUGUUGUAUCAGCGAGUACCCAGGUGAUGCGUGUUAGCUGUGAGGAAAAUGGAGAUUCUAAAAUGCUGGACAGUAUUCUUCAGCUGGGGUCUAUCCCCGCUGUGAAGAAUGCAGCACUACCGGACACUGCUAGUGCUGAUCACUUGGGCAAUGGCGGCGCCGAGUCGUUUGCAGCGUCCACUGCCAAUGUCGACGGUAGCAAAGUGUGUAGAACGCUAGAAGGAGGAGCAGCCAGUCAGCAGAGUAGUGUGUUGCCUUGCACCCAUGAUGUGGCUGGUCACUGCACAACACCUGUACUGCAACAUGUAUCAUCUAUCUCCUCAUGGACAGAGAAGAAAACUGUUGCACAGUUAUGGCCAACACAGUUCUUAGCGUCUACUGAUGAUGUUGUUGCAGCUCAUGGCAUGCAGCAGCAGCAGCAGCGGCAGCAGCAGCAGCAGCAGCAGCAGCGGCAGCAGCAGCAGCGGCAGCGGCAGCAGCAGCAGCAGCAGCAGCAGCAGCAGCAGCAGCAGCAGCAGUGUCUACAAGACAGCCAGUCUCUACUACAGUACCAUGCACAAUUAGCAAGGCAGCUGGAGGAGUUCCUAUACGACUCCGUCAUUCCGGACAGCUGUGUGUACGAGGAUGAGUCGCAGCCAUGUUUGUGUGAAACGUGUGAUUGGUAUUGCGUGGGUGGCUGGCAGACAUCACUGACAGCGCAUAUGCAGCAUGACAGCAGCGUUUCCAGCGUGUUGGAGGCUAUAGGUGAAGUUGCUCGUCAGUUGUUGUUAUCUCUAUCAGGCAGCGAGGCUAUGGCAGCCAGUGCCACUGUUCUGCCUGUCAAUCCCCUACUGAAUGUAGAUGUAUUUGGUGCAAGUCAUCGUCCUCACCGAUCAUACAAUGCCUCACUCCAGCAUUCUCAUACCUCGUUGCAAGCCUCAGCGCAUACACUAUCGGCCAUAUUCUGUGUUGCCAUUGGCGACGGCAGCAUUGAUAGCAACUUUGUGCGUUUCAGUGACCCGCGUCCACAAGCUUCGCCCAUGGAACUGGUAGGCUGGUUACAGGGUUCAUCCGUGAUGGAGUUUGAAAUGAAGGCGGGCAAGGUGGUUGUGUUCCCAUCGUAUCUCCGCUAUCAUUUACUGCCCAAUGGUGACACGUCAGCAGCUCGUGUAUUUAUUACAGUCGAUAUACUGACUUCACCACUGCCAGCAGCACUGCCAGCACCUGUGUCAGCACCACUGUCUGGUGUGGAUAGUGCUCAACCUGACGAUGCACUCCUCACUACUGCUUGCCUUCAAGUGAAUAAGCACUGGACAACACCCAUAUAUCAAGUAGCUGAUCGUGAGCUGCUCACUAGAACGGAUGAUCUCACUGCGUUCAUACUGGACCUUGAAGCAACUGAACUAUCCGUACAGAAAUCAAAUAAGGGUGGCUGGCAAUCAAGAGCUAACUUCUUUCAGAGAAACUCACCUGUCAUAGCUCUGCUCAGGCAACAUACCUAUACUGUCAUAGUGCAGUACCUGGAAGAACUCGAAGAGUAUGAUGUCAUUGAUGAGUCAUCAAGUGGAAAGUGCUUUGUCGCUAUUGAUAUUGAAUAUUCCUGGGCCAAUGUCAACAGACUGGGUGAUAGCAAUGCCCCGCAUACUCAUCCAGCUUCUACAGUGUCUGGUGUGUACUAUGUCAGCAAUGGUGGAGAUGCCACAUCACAGCUACACUUCAUCGACCCCCGGGCAACAGCAGGAGCUGAUGAUGACCAGAGUGUGCACAGUCGUAAUGCUACUGCGGGUACGUUUGUUAUCUUCCCCAGCUGGUUGGAGCACUACGUUGACCCUCACCGUGGAUCUGGCAAGCGCAUGUCAGUCAGCUUCAAUGCACUGGUGAGACGCAUUAGUCAGCCACCACCGUUGUCUGCUCAUAGUCAUGCUGAUAGUCAUGGUCAGGGUCAUGCUAGUGAUCCUGCUGCACACCAUGUACCCAGUCAUGGCAAUACACCACACUGCUACUACUAUGCUGCUGCUGCCGCUGCCGCUACAGCAGCAUAGUACUUCAGCAGCCUGGCAUAGUGGUAUAGUGGUAUAGUGGCAUAGUGGUAGCAAGUACUGUUAGUGAGUGUGCAUACAUACAUGACGGGUCGGAUUCACAUGACUUCGCCGGUUGAGUGGAUUAGGCAGCUAUCUGUUGCUAAUCUUGAUCUGUUUCGUUCGGAUCUUGUGCGCUGCCGCUUGCCUUGUGACGGGCGUAUACAUGGUACAUGGUAUGCAGGACUCAUACACGAUGCUGGACUGCUAACUUUAGGUUGUGUAGGUACAUAAAACCGAUAGCAAAUGUCCCAGUGAACGUCUUACUGAAUACGUCAUGUAGCUGCUAGACUUGUCAUGGGUGGCAUAGGCCACCCAUGCUUACACACCAUCCUACAUACCCCGGGUGGCAUAGACCACCCAUGCUUACACACCAUCCUACAUACCCCGGGUGGCAUAGACCACCCAUGCUUACACACCAUCCUACAUACCCCGGGUGGCAUAGACCAUCCAUGCUUACACACCAUCCUACAAUGUACAUAGCACAAUGACUUGUAGUUCAUUAUUCUGAGAGACAGCCUUUGGCUGGUGAGAAGGCAGCACUGCCUGUUGGCUUGACGAAGUAAAAUAAAGACUACCAUACCAUGUAGUACUGUGAGGCGAGCCACCAUGCUCACACACCCAUCCUACAUACCAGUACUGUGGACUCAAUUGGUAUCAUGGUGUGCGUGUGUACAGUCGUCACACUUGCACACUUGCACUGGAUGCUAUGGUCAUGGCGUCAUACUUGGUGUGGUGCAGAGUCCACUGGGUAGUGAAGCAGUUGGAUGAUUUACUGAGUGCUAUGUGCUAUAUGCUCAUCAUAGCCUAUGUGUACUGUGCACUGUCGACUGUGCACACUGUCACUGUCCUACUAGACUGCAGCCUUAGUGCAUUGGCAAUUGCCUGACCCUGGCUGGCAGCCUUAGUGCAUUGCCUGACUCUGGCUGCCAGCCUUAGUGCAUUGGCAAUUGCCUGACCCUGGCUGGCAGCCUUAGUGCAUUGCCUGACUCUGGCUGCCAGCCUUAGUGCAUUGCUGACCCUGGCUGGCAGCCUUAGUGCAUUCCUGACUCUGGCUGCCAGCCUUAGUGCAUUGCCUGACUCUGGCUGCCAGCCUUAGUGCAUUGCUGACCCUGGCUGCCAGCCUUAGUGCAUUGCCUGACUCUGGCUGCCAGCCUUAGUGCAUUCCUGACUCUGGCUGCCAGCCUGCAAGGAAUUACUAUUAGAAUAGGCAGCAGAUCUGUCAGGGUUAUGAAGUAUGUUUUGUUAUCUGGCUUGAUUGCUGAUACAGUCUGAUACAGUCUGUAUGGCUUUCCUUGAUUGCUGAUACAGUCUGUAUCGGCUUUCCUUGAUUGCUGAUACAGUCUGUAUCGGCUUUCCUUGAUUGCUGAUACAGUCUGUAUGGCUUUCACAGGUUAUUCUACCCAAGAAGUGCUGGUUCAUUUCUACGGACAAUAGCUGCUCAUAUUUGACGCACUCAUGACUGCUUUCAAUUAUUCCAGGAUCGUAUUCUGGCAUUUCUAUACAGAUAGUAUCUAUUCUAGUGUCUUGUGACCAUGAACAUAAUCAAUAGGGUAAUCUUCAUCAAGCCAUUGUUAGCAUCGCUAACUAUUUUGGGCAUUUCUGCCAGUUUUAUGAAUUAGAAUUAGUAUAAGCCCUAUGAAAGAGUUUUAAAAUGAAACAUAUAAUAUAUAAACCCGCUGA